CCUAGUUUUAUAGUAAAGUCACAAGAGUUGAUUUUUUACUGUAAAGACAUGUCUGGCCGCGGUAAGCAAGGAGGCAAGGCCCGCGCCAAGGCCAAGUCGCGGUCGUCCCGCGCCGGGCUGCAGUUCCCAGUGGGGCGCGUGCACCGGCUGCUGCGCAAGGGCAACUACGCGGAGCGCGUGGGCGCCGGCGCACCCGUGUACAUGGCGGCCGUGCUGGAGUACCUGACGGCCGAGAUCCUGGAGCUGGCGGGCAACGCGGCCCGCGACAACAAGAAGACGCGCAUCAUCCCGCGCCACCUGCAGCUGGCCGUGAGGAACGAUGAGGAGCUCAACAAGUUACUAGGGGGCGUCACCAUCGCCCAGGGCGGCGUCCUGCCCAACAUCCAGGCUGUCUUGUUACCCAAGAAGACGGAGAGCCAUAAGCCCGGCAAGAACAAAUAAGCCAAUAU